CAAAACAUUUUGAACAAUCGCUGUAAAUAGCAGGCGUCCCGUGACAGAUGAGGAAGUACAGUCUGUCCUAGGUGUAGCACACACCCCAUCAAACAGGAAUAUUUACAAAGGUCUGCAAGUAAACAAUGGAUCUCCGAACAACGUACAUACUUUUGUUCUCACUUGUUGCAGUCACCGGUGCUGUACCAGUGAAAUAUCUCGAUUGUGGGUCUGCUGUUGGCAAGGUGUCCAUGGUCGAGAUAAACCCUUGUCCCACACAACCAUGCCAGCUCCACAAAGGACAAUCAUAUGCUGUCAACGUGACCUUCAGCAGUGAAGUGCAAAGCGAUACCAGCAAAGCAGUUGUUCACGGCGUGAUCGCGGGUGUUCCGAUCCCAUUCCCCAUCCCUAUUGAAGACGGCUGCAAGUCUGGGAUCAGCUGCCCCAUCCAAAAACAGAAGAGCUAUACCUAUGUGAAUAUGCUACCAGUAAAGACUGAGUACCCAUCUUUAAAGCUGGUUGUGGAAUGGGAACUAAGAGAUGACACCGGCAAGGACUUGUUCUGCAUCAAAUUCCCAGUUCAGAUUGUGAGCUGAGAGCUGAUCAAAGCACCUUGAUGACUUCAAAAAGGGAUCCUAACUGUGACGAGCAGAUCAUAUUUAGUUUAUGAUGACCUGCAAUUUCUUCUUUUAAAUAAUUCAGGUUUUACAGUUCUUUAGAUUUUAAUAUAGAGCUUUAUUGAAUCGUUUACAGACUUUUGGUUUUGGGGUUUAACCAUUUACAAUUAGCCAAAUUCUCAUUCAAAUGAUUACGGAAUUAUUGUUGUAUUCUGUCCUCUAUGAUUUGCUAAAUUAGGCGAGGAUUUAACAGGUUUGGCUUGGAUAUAAUUUCAUCCAUUAUGCCAGAACUUUGUCUACAUUCCUGUGCAGCACCCUUUAAUAAUGGCUUUUACAUUACUGGCUGCUAUGUAGCCAGAAAAUGCAUUUAGCGUCUCUUGUAUUUUAACAUUUUUACCAAAACAUAUACUACAUUGAUUAAAGACAUUUCUAAAUAAAUAUUUAAUAAACUCAUUUACUUGUUCAUUAAAA